AAUGCCGACUGCUGAGCGGGAAUAGGAUAGCGUCAGCGCCCUUUGGACACUGCCAGAAUUUUUAGGAAAAUCGCCCUGAAACUGUGGGUUUUUCAACCCAAGCUCGCGCAGGGCACACCUUCAUUAGGUGAUGCUGAAUUUAUGUGUGAGGAAAAUUUUGAAGUGAAAUGGAGGUGCUGCCUUUCCACCACCGAUUGCGUUACCAAAUCGCGGCCGCAGCAGUUUCGUCGAUCCUCUACAGGGAUCAAGAUAAAGAUGAUGCCAUCGAUCUGAGUUUCAAGACAUUGUCCGCCAACACCACCUUGGCAGACACUUCGAUCGCCCUAGAGUCAUCACUUUUAGAAACGUCCUUCUCCAAAGCUCGAUCGUUUCACAAGUUAGAAUUUUCUAGUCCUAGCAAAAAGGACGGCAGUUCAUCUUGCGAUGAUGAAGACGUCGCAGCAAGUCAGAUUAAAAUUCUACUGCCCGAUCUGGCAAAACAUUUCGAACUGCAGUGCAAAGUCGGAGAAGGAACCUUUGCAUCUGUUUAUCUCGCAACUGCAAAGAAAAACUCCGAUAUGAAAUUUGCCAUAAAACACGUAACUCCUACUUGCCACCCUUCCAGAAUAAAAAAGGAAAUGCAAGCUUUGAAAGAUAUUGGCGGGACUGAUAAUGUUUGUGGAAUUCUAAGUUGUGUUCGAAACAAAGGCAAUGUUGCCUUCAUACUGCCAUAUAUUAGACAUGAUAAAUUCCAGGACUAUAUUUUGGACAUGGACGCUUCAGAGGCAAGACUUUACAUUAAAAACUUGUUGAUUGCUCUUAGAAGAGUGCACCAGUUCAAUGUCAUCCAUAGAGAUGUAAAACCAGGAAAUUUCCUCUACGAUAGACAGUUGAAAAAGUUUUUGCUUGUUGACUUCGGGCUUGCUCAGUGGCUUAAACCUAGUGAGACUGUUGAGGUGAAAAAACCACCCAACACCUUGCCAGAAACUGCUUUAGAAAACGGAAGGAAGAGGAAGGCAGAUAUCGAAAAUGCCCUAUCACCCCAAAAAAAGAUUGCUUGCAUUCCGUCUGGCCGAGUGGUUCUGCAGGCACACAAUAACGAAAAGAACAUCAUUCCAAAUAAAAAGCCAGAGUCAAAGACAACCGGUCCCCUCUUCCAAAUGCUGGCACCUUCGCAACUACCCAAGUUGUCAACGCAGACCAUCAGCAACCCCAACAAGACCAGUUUUGUGCGAGUCAAGAACUCGCAGGUCAAAAUGCUCAACGCUCCAAUGCCCUCUUCCUCCAGUAUCAACAAGGCAGCAGCUCCAAUUAAGCCAAAGUGCCCAUGCUUCAAAAAAAGUCAACUGUGUGAAAUUUGUCUGAGCAGGACAAAAAAGUUAGUUGCCCCAAGGGCUGGAACACCUGGCUUCCGACCACCUGAGGUUUUGCUCAAAUCGAUCCAACAAACACCUGCUGUUGACAUUUGGGCUGCUGGAGUGAUGUUCUUGUCCAUCUUGAGUGGUUCGUACCCAUUCUUCCGAUCUCCUGACGACAUGACUGCCUUGUCUGAAAUAACGACCAUGUUCGGCACAAAGGUCAUCUCGGAAGUUGCCAUGAAAUUAGAUCGCGUGUUUGUGUGUGACAAGUCCUGCCCUCCACUUGACCUUCAAAAGUUGUGCACCACCCUGCGCACCAACAGGCUCAACGCAAAAGCUGACUCAAUGCAUUCCAAAACAAGCAGCGUCCUCUGCAGAGUUUGCAGUCCUUCCAUGACCACACAAUCCAUAGAGGUGCCCUGCUUCUGCCCAUCGGGGAAUAACUCCAAAAAGGAAGAGUUCCCUGCUGAGGCAUUUGAUCUCCUGACGAAGAUGCUCGACCCCAAUCCUGCAACUCGAAUCACUGCCGAGCUAGCAUUGCAGCAUCCGUUCCUCACAAGCGAUUGACGACUUUAAGGGAAUAUUUUACGAUUUUAAUUCUGGUCUUGAUAACAUCCUGCUUUUAUCCUGCCAAAAUUUAAGUGUUAGUGUAAACUCUAGAUGGGAGGAGUUGUUUUAGAUUUUAAAUGUUGGAUGCUCAAGAGUUUUCUGUUUUCUUGGGUGAAAAUGCAAUUUUUUAGUUUUUAAGACUAGGCUGUACAGCCGAUAAAUUGGGAAAUUUUAAUUAUUUGACAUAAAUUGAAUUAUUUUUACUUUUUUGACGUAGUUAAAAAAUUAUAGCUUAAAACUGCAUGUAAUCCCCAAAAAUUUUAAAACCUGAUAAUAAAAAUAAAAGAAACGU